AUGGAUUGGGCAAUCAAAGCAGCUAGGAAAAAAACUCAAAGAAAACCAGGCUCUACCCGUUCAAUCAUAGAAACCCUCGAUGAUCUGAAUAAUAUAACAACAGAUGCGCAUAUAGAAGUCAAUCAUCGGUUACAAGAAAGUAGUGAAUGGUUAAGAAACAAUGUUUAUAUGAACAAGCUAAAGUAUGAAGACAAGGAUGCAGAGGAGUGUCUAAUCAGUCCUGAGAAUACUCAUAACAAAAUGAACGUCGAAUUCGGUAACGUGAAAGAGGAACACGAACUUUCUAAGUCCCAAAAUGGUACCGCAAAAGAUAUUAUUAAGACACCUAGAAAUGCUUUGCACAACGACAAAAGCAUAACACCUAAAUCACUCCGUAGAAAGGGGGUUACGGAAGAAAUGAAUAAAUUCAGUAUUCAUGAUACUCAUAGAAGUCCAAUUGAACCUACAAAUAACAUUAAAUCCAAUGUUACCGACAGUGAUAAGUCCUCACCAUGGUCACCUUAUAAAGUGGAGAAGAUUUUAAGAGAAUCAUCCAAGGCUUCAGAAUCACCGUUUAAUGUAAAACGAGUCGGUAAUCAAACGUGGGCGGCUAAAGAAGAAAUAAGUAACGAACCUAUAUUUCACGCUUCAAAGAAAGUCGAAGCCUCAAAGGGAAGAUCGCUAUUGACUUCUGAGACAGUGAGAUCACAAAGAAGGUCUAAUAUGUUUGUUCCACUGCCGAAUAAGGAUCCUCUUAUUGUUCAACACAUACCUCCAAUCAAAUCCUCAGGAUCAAUAGCAAAAUUACGAAUAGCAAAGGGAUCACCAACUUCAUUGAGAAAGAAAUCUGUGCUUAACAGUCCUGCCGUAAGGGCUACAGAAAAUAAUGAUACUGUGGAAUCUACAAAAGCAUCCAGCGUUUUUGACAGGCUAUCAUCUAUUCCAACAAAAUCAUUUGAGAACAAGAUUUCUCGUGGGAACGCUGGCCACAAAUACUCUUCUUCAUCAAUAGAUUUAACAGGGUCUCCCAUGAGAAAAGUUUCACAAAACAUCAAGACAAUCAACUCCACGGAUACUGAUAUGCAAGAAACGUUAAGAGAUAUUUUCUCUGUAAAGAGCAAAAUCAUAAAAACGUCACCCAAGGUAAAACACUCCCGAAAAUCUUCUAUUCCGAGGUUUGAUAAGACGUCUUUAAAAUUGACGAUGCACAAGAAGUUAGCUAUCAUUACAGAACAGAAAAACCAACAUAAACAAUUUAACGUUGCACACAAAACUGAGUCAAGAGCGCGUAGCACAUCUCCAAUGAGAAUAAAUAUAAAUUCGAACUCACCAUCGUCAAAACAUCCCAAAAGCCGUUACCAAAGCCCCGUCAGAGGUUACUUAAGACCAACUAAAGCAUCUAUUUCUCCUAAUAAGAAUAAAAACCUUUUGGCGAGUUCUCAAACGCCACAUCGUCUGAGGGCCAACGAAAAAUCGCUAAAAAAGUUGUCACCCAAUAUUGCAGAUACUUCCAAGCCAGAGUCUCGGAAAUCUAAGAGUUACAGACUUACAAACUUGCAAUUGCUUCCACCAGCAGAGGCAGAACGAGGUGACUUGAAAAAAAAAUUUGAUAAAAGACUAUCAGGAAUUAUGAGGUCUCAACAGGAACAUCAUCGGCGCAAACAAGAAAAGCAAAAAAGAAUGUCACAUUUGGAACAAGAUCUGAAAAAACAAGCUAGUUUCAACAAUGAUUAUAAGGACACACGGCUAAAAGAAUCCUUACCACCUUUUGAUAACCGCAUGCGGGACCCAAAUCACAAAAGUACUACUUUCAAUACCGAAAAUGUUCUGGCUACAAUUAAUACAGUUGACCACAGAGAAAUAAUCGGCAAUGUUACUCCGAAAGUAACUUCUGUCAAUGAUUCCUUGCCUGAGAUAAAUACAGAUUCUGAAGAUGAGGCUAGCGUAACUCUAGCAGCAUGGGCUAAAUCACCUUAUCUACAAGAGCAAUUAAUAAGACAACAAGAUAUAAACCCACAAACUAUUUUUGGACCAAUCCCACCUUUGCAUACUGAUGAAAUUUUCCCAAAUCCUAGAUUAAACAGACUGAAAUCACGUCAGAUUAUACCCAAAAGGCCCUAA